AUGAGUUUACAACCAUGGUUGAACACGACGUUGUCUUCAUUCUCGAGCUCUUCCGGUGAAAGUGAUAACUUUUUGUUAAAGAUACCAACAACUAGAUUUGCUCUAAGGAUGGACCUGCAACUACUCGAAAAUCAACUUCCAUUCUUUGUCCUGGAGGAGCUAUACAGUUUAGCUUUCAAAACCCCAACUUUCCGGGAACUUUGUCAUAAAUUCUUAUAUUUGUCCAAUACCUUACCAGCUGAGAUUGUGGUUAAACAUUUCACCGACUUGAGAAGAAGCACCCUUUUUAAAAACUUCCCCCGGAGAAAGGAUUUAGAGCAGGGAUUCAUUUCAGAUGUGCCUUGUGCAGUGAAGUUGCGCGAGUCGGGGGUGAAGUUUAAGGGCAUUGCAGGAACAUCCUUGCUUGACAUAAGAUUUGAGAAGCGAAAGCGGCUGAUUCCAUGGUUUGAAGUUCAUGAACUGCAAAUACCUCAUUUGGUUUUGGCUGAUUAUGGGACUGAACGUUUGCUUCGAAACAUAAUGGCUUUGGAGCAGUGUCACUAUCCAUCAGAUACUCGAGUUUGCAAUUACGUGAGGCUGAUGGAUUAUCUGAUUAAUAAGGAAAAAGACGUGGAUUUGCUUGUUAAAAAAGGGAUUAUAAGGAAUCGUAUGGGGGACAAUAUUUCUGUAGUGAAUUUGUUUAACAGACUUAGCUUGCAAAUUCAUAGAAGCAAGUCGUGUUAUUAUAAAACUAGCAUGGAAUUGAAGGCACACUACAACAACCCUUGGAACCAUACAAAGGCGACAUUAAAAAGUGUCUACUUCAAGAACCUUUGGCGAGGCACGGCCACACUAACAGCAGCUGGAAUUUCAUUGCUAACGCUCUUGCAAACCAUAUCUUUUAUGAACCUCCGUACUUUGUUCCAGAGAACUUGCACAGGAUGGCUUUUGCUAGCCGGCCCUGAUGAUCCUAUGUUCAUGGAUCUUUCGUACAACUUCAUUUCCACCUCGAUUUCGUGGUCAUGGCAGAGUCUCUGGUAG